AUGGCCUAUAAAACCGCAGCCGAUAGGAAGAGGUCUUCGGCACCAGCCUACACCCCAGUCCGUCUGCUUUUGCCCAGGUCCAUGAAGGUGCACCCCACCUUCCACGUCAGCCAUGUGAAGCCUGUCCACACUAGCCCUUUGUGCCCUUUGGCCGUUCCCCCGCCUUCCGCCCGGUUUGUGGGUGUUGGACCGGUCUUCUCUGUUCGGUGCCUCCUGGGAUCUCAGCGGCGUGGGAGGGGGGUGCAGUACGUGGUGGACUGGGAGGGGUGGCGCUGUGGACUGACGGCCAUUAAAGUCAGCGAAGAAGAAGAGAUGAGCGAAGCAGCGGGCCUUCCUUUAGUGCCUGAAGGUGAUUCAGCCGCCCUCAGCAGCGCUGAAAUCAACACCUCCACACGAGCAGUUAAAGUUGACAGGACGUUUGGAGAACCAGGGCGCCCCAGUCUGAUUAUUUCCAAGGAACAUCUCCAAGACUUGGUUGAAAUGGAUCUGUCGGUUGGGUGUAUCUCUAAACUACUUGGCGUGUCUGUACGAACAGUCCACCGGAGGAUGCAGAAAUGGGGUAUCUCCAUCAGGCAGUGCUACAGCAACAUGAGCGACGAUGAGCUUGACAAGUUGAUUUCUGCAAUCAAGGAACAAUCACCAAAUUUGGGACACAGGAUGGUAAAGGGUCGGCUCAGGGCUAAAGGCCACCGAGUACAGUGGACCCGAGUGUUGGGCUCGAUGCACCGCGUCGACAGCCUUGGAAUUCUUGAGAGACUGGAAAGUCUAGAUUGUGUUAUUAGACGAACAGACUGUUUGCCUGGACCAUUGUCGCUUCUCCACAUCGACACAAACCACAAAUUGAUCAGAUUUGGAGUGAUUAUCUUUGGUGGCAUCGAUGGAUUUUCCAGGAAAAUCCUGUACCUGAAAGCAGCCAAUAACAACAAGGCUUCCACCGCUCUGGAGUUCUUCACUGCAGCUGUUCAAAGACACGGUUGUCCAUCCAGGGUGAAAGGUGACCAAGGAGCAGAAAACGUGGACAUUGCAAGAUGGAUGUUUAAAGCUCGUGGCUGUGACAGAGGGAGCUUCAUUGCAGGAAAAAAUGUCCGUAACCAAAGGAUCGAGCGGUUGUGGCGGGACGUUUGGAAGGCGGUGUCACACGCCUAUUAUGACUUGCUCCGCAGCCUUGAGGCGGACGGACUGCUGGACCCAACGAACUGCACCCAUCUCUUCUGUGCCCGGUUUGUGUUCUUGCCCAGAAUCCAGGCAGACCUGGACACUUUUACUGAUGGCUGGAACAACCAUCCACUGCGGACAGAACACAACCACACCCCCAACCAACUCUGGGAAACCGAAAAGAGUCGGAGUCCUGACGAUCCUGAGGAGGAACAGUUUGAAGACUGGGAUGUGUCAGACAUUGUUCAAAAUGGACUACGCGUCCCAGACAUCUUUUGUCCGCUGGACGGUAAAGAAGUGGAAGAACUGAAGCAGCGCUUUAAUCCUAUGGCUCCGUCGUCAUGUCUUGGGGCGGACAUUUACUGUGCCAUCGUGGGCUUUGUUCAGGGCCUCGUUGAAUCCAGGCAGCAAGCAUAAAACAGAGUUGUGUAGGUUCCAGUAGUGGAUUCAUUUUUUCUUUGUCCUUAAGGUGUCCACUGGGUCCCACCAUGUUGGAAAGGUUUCAUAUUUCAGUUCUGCUGUCCGAUGAUGGAACAGAGCGGGUCGCUCAGUGGGAGGAGGUGGACCUGGGUUUGACUUGCAUUCACACUACAUGUCUCAGUCCACCCAGCUGGACGUGGGAAGUGACUCGUGAUGGACUGGAGUCCCAUCCAGGGGGAAGUCACGAGAAAGAAUCCCGAGAUAAGCACCAGCACCAGCGGGCCUCAAGGUCGAUGCAGGACUCAGUUCCAGCUGGUCUUAGUCAGCAUUUUAAUUUGUAAAAACACAUUUUGAAAGCUGUUUAUUCAUAAUAAUUAAUUAAAGGUCCAGUUUGUCAACAACAAAAAAGUACUGACAGUUCCUGGAACCGUCUGAUGCUCCGGAGAUGUGGGUGCUUUUAUUUUCUCUUCCAGGUCCAUAUGGAUGCAUUCUUCACCUCGUGUUCUGAAAUUACCUGCUGCUUCCUGAUCCUCUGAAUAAAGGUGUCAGAAACAUUUAACAGAAAGAAAAAUGAACACGUCAGUAACGACACACGCAAAUCAUUUAUUUAGAAUGAACCCGACAAAGACGACACCGUCUGGAAGGAAACUGAAUAUUUUCAUUACUUCUUGGACAAUUUACUUUAAAUCUAAUGUGUCUGUGUCCUGUGACCUUUUCACUCUUAUUGUGAAGGCCAACUUGCAUAAAAACAAAAAACAUGACAAAUAAUAGUUGAUUCUCCGCAAAAUGUAUCUUUAUCAAAAUAUUACAUUUAAACAUGAUCAAUAAACUUUAACAUCAUCUCCAGUGAAAUCACAACACACCCACACACACACUGAGCUGAGGAAACACAGAUUAGAAAAAGACAGACACUGAGGAAACACACAGAUUAGAAAAAGACAGACACUGAUAAAAACACAGAUUAGAAAAAGACAGAUCGGAGGAAACAGAAGAAAGACAGAUUAGAGGAAACAGAUUAGAAAAAGACACAGAGCUGAGGAAACUCACAGAGAAGAAGAAAGAGACACUGAGGAAACACACAGAUUACAAGAAAGAGACAGAUCUGAGGAAACAGAUUAGAGGAAAACGACUGAGCUGAGGAAACUCACAGAUGAGAAGAAAGACAGACAGAGCUGAGGAAACAAAGAUUAGAAGAAAGACAGAUUAGAGGAAACAGAUUAGAAGAAAGACAGAACUGAGGAAACACAGAUUAGAGGAAACACACAGAUUAGAAGAAAGAGACAGAACUGAGGGAAACAGAUUAGAAGAAAGACACAGAUUAGAGGAAACAAAACAGAUUACAAGAAAGAGACAGAGCUGAGGAAACAGAUUAGAGGAAAGACAGACAACUGAGGAAAGACAGAACUGAGGAAACACAGAUUAGAAGAAAGACAGAGUUGAGGAAACAGAUUAGAAGAGAGAGAGAGAGCUGAGGAAACAGAUUAGAAGAAAGACAGACAGAGCUGAGGAAACAGAUGAGAAGAAAGAGAGAGCUGAGGAAACAAAUUAGAAGAAAGACAAACAGAUCUGAGGAAAUAGAUUAGAAGAAAGACAGAGCUGAGGAAACAGAUUAGAAGAAAGACAGUUGAGGAAACACAAAUUAGUAGAAAGACAAACAGAGCUGAGGAAACAAAUUAGAAGAAAGACAAACAGCUGAGGAAACACAGAUUAGAAGAAAGACAAACAGAUCUGAGGAAACACAGAUUAGAAGAAAGACAAACAGAACGGAGGAAACACAAAUUAGAAGAAAGACAAACAGAGCGGAGGAAACACAGAAGAAAGACACAGAGCUGAGGAAACACACAGAUUAGAAGAAAGACAGAGCUGAGGAAACAAAUUAGAGGAAAGACAGACAGCUGAGGAAACACAAAUUAGAAGAAAGACAAACAGAGCUGAGGAAACACAGAUUAGAAGAAAGACAGACAGAGCUGAGGAAACAGAUGAGAAGAAAGAGAACUGAGGAAAUAGAUUAGAAGAAAGACAGAGCUGAGGAAACAGAUUAGAAGAAAGACAGUUGAGGAACACAAAUUAGUAGAAAGACAAACAGAGCUGAGGAAACAAAUUAGAAGAAAGACAAACAGCUGAGGAAACAGAUUAGAAGAAAGACAAACAGAUCUGAGGAAACAGAUUAGAAGAAAGACAAACAGAACGGAGGAAACACAAAUUAGAAGAAAGACAGAGUUGAGGAAACAGAUUAGAAGAAAGACAAACAGAAUGGAGGAAACACAGAUUAGAAGAAAGACAGAGUUGAGGAAACAGAUUAGAAGAGAGAGAGAGAGCUGAGGAAACAGAUUAGAAGAAAGACAGACAGAGCUGAGGAAACAGAUGAGAAGAAAGAGAGAGCUGAGGAAACAAAUUAGAAGAAAGACAAACAGAUCUGAGGAAAUAGAUUAGAAGAAAGACAGAGCUGAGGAAACAGAUUAGAAGAAAGACAGUUGAGGAAACACAAAUUAGUAGAAAGACAAACAGAGCUGAGGAAACAAAUUAGAAGAAAGACAAACAGCUGAGGAAACACAGAUUAGAAGAAAGACAAACAGAUCUGAGGAAACACAGAUUAGAAGAAAGACAAACAGAACGGAGGAAACACAAAUUAGAAGAAAGACAAACAGAGCGGAGGAAACACAAGAAAGACACAGAGCUGAGGAAACACACAGAUUAGAAGAAAGACAGAGCUGAGGAAACAAAUUAGAGGAAAGACAGACAGCUGAGGAAACACAAAUUAGAAGAAAGACAAACAGAGCUGAGGAAACACACAGAUUAGAAAAAAGAUAAACAGAGCUGAGGAAACAAACAGAUUAGAUGAAAGAGCUGAGGAAACAAAUUAGAAAAAAGACAGAGAUCUGAGGAAACACACAGAUUAGAAGAAUGACAAACAGAGCUGAGGAAACAUAGAUUAGAAGAAAGACAGAGCUGAAGAAACAAACUAGAAGAAAGACACAGAGCUGAGGAAACACACAGAUUAGAAGAAUGACAAACAGAUCUGAGGAAACAGAUUAGAAGAAAGACAGAACUGAGGAAACACAGAGAAGAAGAAACACAGAUUAGAAAAAGACAGAGCUGAGGAAAGAGAUUAGAAGAAAGACAGAUGAGAGGAAACACACAGAUUAGAAAAAAGAUAAACAGAGCUGAGGAAACAAACAGAUUAGAUGAAAGAGCUGAGGAAACAAAUUAGAAAAAAGACAGACAGAGAUCUGAGGAAACACACAGAUUAGAAGAAUGACAAACAGAGCUGAGGAAACAGAUUAGAAGAAAGACAGAGCUGAAGAAACAAAUUAGAAGAUAGACACAGAGCUGAGGAAACACAAAUUAAAAGAAAGACAAACAGAGCUGAGGAAACAGAUUAGAAGAAAGACAGACAGAGCUGAGGAAACACAGAUUAGAAGAAAGACAAACAGAGCUGAGGAAACACAGAUUAGAAGAAAGACAGCUGAUGAAACAGAUUAGAAGAAAGACAAACAGCUGAGGAAACACAAAUUAGAAGAAAGACAGAGCUGAGGAAACAGAUUAGAAGAAAGACAAACAGAGCUGAGGAAACACAGAUUAGAAGAAAGACAGCUGAGGAAACAGAUUAGAAGAAAGACAAACAGAGCUGAGGAAACACAGAUUAGAAGAAAGACAGCUGAGGAAACACAGAUUAGAAGAAAGACAAACAGCUGAGGAAACACAAAUUAGAAGAAAGACAGAGCUGAGGAAACAAAUUAGAGGAAAGACAGAGCUGAGGAAACACAAAUUAGAGGAAAGACAGAUCUGAGGAAACACACAGAUUAGAAGAAAGACAGAUCUGAGGAAACAAAUUAGAGGAAAGACAGAUCUGAGGAAACAAAUUAGAAGAAAGACAAACAGAGCUCAGGAAACACACAGAUUAGAAAAAAGAUAAAGAGCUGAGGAAACAAACAUUAGAUGAAAGACCUGAAGAAACAAAUUAGAAGAAAGACAGACAGAGAGCUGAGUAAACACACAGAUUAGAAGAACGACAAACAGCUGGGGAAACACAGAUUAGAAGAAAGACAGACAGAGAACUGAAGAAACACACAGAUUAGAAAAAGACAGAGCUGAGGAAACUGAAGAAGAAAGACAGAUUAGAAAAAGACAGAAUUGAGGAAACAGAUUAGAAAAACACACAGAGCUGAGGAAACAGAAGAAGAAAGACAGUCACUGAUGAAACACACAGAUUAUAAAAAGUAGAUCUGAGGAAACAGAAUAGAAGAAACAAACAGAGCUGAGCAAACACACAGAUUAGAAGAAAGACAGACAGAGCUGAGGAAAGACAGAUUAGAAGAAAGACAAACAGAGCUGAGGAAACACAGAUUAGAAGAAAGACAAACAGAGCUGAGCAAACACACAGAUUAGAAGAAAGACAGACAGAGCUGAGGAAAGACAGAUUAGAAGAAAGACAAACAGAGCUGAGGAAACACAGAUUAGAAGAAUGACAAACAGAUCUGAGGAAACAGAUUAGAAGAAAGACAGAACUGAGGAAACACAGAGAAGAAGAAACACAGAUUAGAAAAAGACAGAGCUGAGGAAAGAGAUUAGAAGAAAGACAGAUGAGAGGAAACACACAGAUUAGAAAAAAGAUAAACAGAGCUGAGGAAACAAACAGAUUAGAUGAAAGAGCUGAGGAAACAAAUUAGAAAAAAGACAGACAGAGCUGAGGAAACACACAGAUUAGAAGAAUGACAAACAGAUCUGAGGAAACACAGAUUAGAAGAAAGACAGAGCUGAAGAAACAAAUUAGAAGAUAGACACAGAGCUGAGGAAACACAAAUUAAAAGAAAGACAAACAGAGCUGAGGAAACACACAGAUUAGAAGAAAGACAGACAGAGCUGAGGAAACACAGAUUAGAAGAAAGACAAACAGAGCUGAGGAAACACAGAUUAGAAGAAAGACAGCUGAGGAAACAGAUUAGAAGAAAGACAAACAGCUGAGGAAACACAAAUUAGAAGAAAGACAGAGCUGAGGAAACAGAUUAGAAGAAAGACAAACAGAGCUGAGGAAACAAAUUAGAGGAAAGACAGAGCUGAGGAAACACAAAUUAGAGGAAAGACAGAGCUGAGGAAACACACAGAUUAGAAGAAAGACAGAUCUGAGGAAACAAAUUAGAGGAAAGACAGAUCUGAGGAAACACAAAUUAGAAGAAAGACAAACAGAGCUCAGGAAACACACAGAUUAGAAAAAAGAUAAAGAGCUGAGGAAACAAACAUUAGAUGAAAGACCUGAAGAAACAAAUUAGAAGAAAGACAGACAGAGAGCUGAGUAAACACACAGAUUAGAAGAACGACAAACAGCUGGGGAAACAGAUUAGAAGAAAGACAGAGCUGAGGAAACAAAUUAGAAGAAAGACAGACAGAGAACUGAAGAAACACACAGAUUAGAAAAAGACAGAGCUGAGGAAACACAGUGAAGAAGAAAGACAGAACUGAGGAAACAUUAGAAAAACACACAGAGCUGAGGAAACAGAAGAAGAAAGACAGUCACUGAUGAAACACACAGAUUAUAAAAAGUAGAGCUGAGGAAACAGAGUAGAAGAAAGACAAACAGAGCUGAGCAAACACACAGAUUAGAAGAAAGACAGACAGAGCUGAGGAAAGACAGAUUAGAAGAAAGACAAACAGAGCUGAGCAAACAGAUUAGAAGAAAGACAAACAGAGCUGAGCAAACACACAGAUUAGAAGAAAGACAGAGCUGAGGAAAGACAGAUUAGAAGAAAGACAAACAGAGCUGAGGAAACACAGAUUAGAAGAAAGACAGACAGAGCUGAGGAAACAGAUUAGAAGAAAGACAAACAGAGCUGAGGAAACAAAUUAGAAGAAAGACAACUGAGGAAACACAAAUUAGAAGAAAGACAAACAGAGCUGAGGAAACACACAGAUUAGAAGAAAGACAGACAGAGCUGAGGAAACAGAUUAGAAGAAAGACAAACAGAGCUGAUGAAACACAAAUUAGAAGAAAGACAAACAGAAUUGAGGAAACAAAUUAGAAGAAAGACAAGCAGAUCUGAGGAAGCACAGAUUAGAAGAAAGAAACAGAUCUGAGGAAGCACAGAUUAGAGGAAAGACAAACAGAAUGGAGGAAACACGAAUUAGAAGAAAGACAAACAGAGCUGAGGAAACAGAUUAGAAGAAAGACACAGAGCUGAGGAAACACACAGAUUAGAAGAAAGACAGAUCUGAGGAAACAAACAGAUUAGAAGAAAGACAAACAGCUGAAGAAACACAAAUUAGAAGAAAGACAAACAGAACUGAGGAAACACAGAUUAGAAGAAAGACACAGAUCUGAAGAAACACAAAUUAGAAGAAAGACAAACAGAGCUGAGGAAACAGAUUAGAAGAAAGACACAGAGCUGAGGAAACACAGAUUAGAAGAAAGACAGAUCUGAGGAAACACAAAUUAGAGGAAAGACACAGCUGAGGAAACACAAAUUAGAAGAAAGACAAACAGAUCUGAGGAAACACACAGAUUAGAAAAAAGAUAAGAUGAGGAAACAGAUUAGAAGAAAGACAGAGCUGAGGAAACAAAUUAGAAGAAAGACACAGAGUUGAGGAAACACAGAUUAGAAGAAAGACAAACAGAGCUGAGGAAACACACAGAUUAGAAGACAGACAGACAGAACUGAGGAAACAGAUUAGAAGAAAGACAGAACUGAGGAAACACAAAUUAGAAGAAAGACAAGCAGAGCUGAGGAAACACAGAUUAGAAGAAAGACAGUUGAGGAAACAAAUUAGAAGAAAGACACAGAGUUGAGGAAACACACAGAUUAGAAGAAAGACAAAGAGCUGAGGAAACAGAAGAAAGACAAACAGAGCUGAGGAAACACAGACUAGAAGAAAGACAGACAGAAAUGAGGGAACACAGAUUAGAAGAAAGAACUGAGGGAACACACAGAUUAGGAGAAAGACAGACACUGAUCUGAGGAAACACACAGAUAAGGAGAAAGACAGACUGAACCGAGGGAACACGGAUUAGAAGAAAGAGACACUGAUCUGAGGAAACAGAUGAGAAGAAAGACAGAACUGAGGGAACACAGAGAUAAGGAGACACUGAACUGAGGGAACACAAAUUAGAAGAAAGACAGACUAAACAGAGAACACAAAUUAGAAGAAAGACAGACACUAAAAUGAGGAAAAAGAUUAGAAGAAAGACAGACAGAGCUGAGGAAACACAAAUUAGAAGAAAGACAGACACUAAAAUGAGGAAACAGAUUAGAAGAAAUACAAACAGAGCUGAGGAAACAUAAAUUAGAAGAAAGACACAGAGCUGAGGAAACAAAUUAGAAGAAAGACAAACAGAGCUGAGGAAACACACAGAUUAGGAGAAAGACAGACACUGAUCUGAGGAAACACACACAGGUUAGAAGAAAAACACUGAGCUGAGGAAACACACAGAUAAGGAGAAAGACAGACACAAAUCUGAGGAAAAGCACAGAUGAGAAGAAACAGACACUGAGCUGAGGAAACACACAGAUUAGGAGAAAGACAGACACUGAUCUGAGGAAACACACACAGGUUAGAAGAAAAACACUGAGCUGAGGAAACACACAGAUAAGGAGAAAGACAGACACAAAUCUGAGGAAAAGCACAGAUGAGAAGAAACAGACACUGAGCUGAGGAAACACACAGAU